AUGGCGCGCGAAGAACGCUUCGACAUCUUCUACGAAAAGGCGAAAGUCCCUCGAAUGAACCCCGUGCCAUCGGUUCUUUUGAAGGACGAGAGGCACUAUCGAAAUACACUUAGGAAAUUCCGAGGACAAAGAGGAAAAUUGGAAGAACUACCAGCCGUGGCCCGGAAAGUUGAAAAGCUCUCCCGACAGAUCAACCCGAACGAACAGGUGGAAUAUCCGUUCACUUACAAGCCCAUUCUCCCAAAAUCUUACUACAUCUCAAAAUUACGAGACUGGGCAAGGGAAAUCCCCAUCGUAGGAUUAUUGCCCCACUGGGAGAGCAGCAUUCAAGACCUGGUUCCAAUAGAAAUCCGAAAAAGACGUGCCGAAAUGUUCGAGGCCCUUCUGGAGGAAACCAAGGGAAUGUACAACAACGUGAUGAGAGAUUUUGGAAUCCGAAGCAUAAUCGGCGAAGAAGAGGACCUGGAAAAAUCGGAAAGAUCUGCUGAGCCGACAAUCGUGAAGGAUUACCGUUGCUUGCCCCGUAGUUUGUUUCUGAAACGGCGCUCUUUAUUGGCGAAAAAUUACUUCCUCUUUCACAGCCUGAUGCAGACCAUAAUGGCGAAGGCAAGUUUGAAUCUCCCGCCAAUGGUCUUCGACUUCUCUCGUUACCGCUCUCUAGGCUUGCUGAGUCUAGCGGAGUUCCAGGAUUCCCUGACCAAGGAUCUGAGAAGAGGCGCCUUGGUGAUCAGAAACCAUUAUUACAAUGAAAUAGUUAGGGUGAUGUCAAGGUUGGGCCGUUUAAGAGACAUUCCCGCCGAGAAGAGGACGCGCUUCGUGCGGGGCGCAACCCAAUUAUUCGUGCAGCAAAUUAUAAAUAUCAUGAUAAAUACGAUCAAUCGCAUGAUCGCGGUCCUGGCCGAUGCGAAGACCUGUCCUCUGUUUGACCUGCAUCUUCUCUGCGAGGAGGAAGACCUUAUCGUGUUACCUGGCGUCGAAGACAUUUAUUUGAUCCUCCACCAGAUCAUCGACGGGGUGCCGAUGAUCGCCCAAGACUUGAUCUCCUUCGAGGAGUGGCUAGGAAUGGAAAGCGAAAAAGAGUACGUAGAAGUGAAGCUGCCGGCCUGGUUUACCGAAUCCUCGCAUGAGAAACUAGAAGAGGUCUUAAACGACAUGUUUGGUCCCCUGAUCGAGUACCUAGACAUCGUCAACGAUCGUUUUUCCACCCUGACCUCGUCGGAGACUCGAAUCAAAAUGGCGGACCUGAUCUCCGAGCGACGACCUUUCGAGACAUACUGCAAGCACGUAGAGCGUUUCCGUUUCAUUUUAAAAGAAAUUACUCCAAUGGUGAGUAACGUUUAUUACGACAUAGGAAAGCUGAGACAGGAGCCCGCAAAGGAGACUCUGAAGAAGAAGGCCUUGGACUUUAUCGAAGCCUUGAUAGGAGAGGCAGUGGCUUAUCAGAAGGACUGGAACCAGACGAUCUGCUCGGAUUUCGAGGAGCUGAAAGCUCAAGCUUUGAAUAUUCCAAACGAAGUGAAAGACCUCUUCGAGCUUAGCGAGUACAUUUCUUACGCUUCUACGGAGCUUUUAGAUGAACUGCGCCUCAAAGUGGUGGAAUCGAUUCGUAUGACGAGUGCUCUGCUCCGAAUUGCAACCUUGACGGACGAUCACCUGGAGUUGAACAGGCAGACGAUAAACUGGCUGGAGCUGAUAAAGCCGGUGUUCGAUCGCCACAGUGUCCUGUGCGAAGCCAUGAAGAGCGAAUUAGAGGACGAACUACAGAGGAAGGUAGCGGUACUUAAUGAAAAAGCCGACGAACUAACGCCCAAAUUGACGAUCCUCAACGAGAUGGACGAUGCCAGGAGGGUGAGGGAAUACAUGAACGACCUGCGAGUUCUUGUAAAGGAGACCGAAGGACUCGAAGAGGGCAUCGAGGAGAUCAACGCCGAGGAGCGGCUCUUUAAGUUCCCCGAGACUAUCUUCCCGAAAGUUGUCGAUAUUCGAGAGACGAUAAUGUCCUUUUACACGCUUAAUUAUUUAAUUUGCCAGUGGCAGAGGGACCACGCAGUUUGGCUCGAUGGUCCCUUCGAGUAUUUAGACGCCGAUGUCAUCAAAGAAAGGUCCCUGUAUUACGCUGAAGAGUUCGCACAAAUUGGCAGGACCUACAAAGCCAAAAUCAAGGCUGACAGCGGGACGAACAAACCCUUCAAGUUCUCUGGAGUACCGGAUGACCCUGACCUCAGUCAACAGCCUGCUCCUGUGAAACUGUGCUGGCAGACCCUGAAGGAGGUGAACGAUUUCAAGGGAUACGUGGACCUGGCCGUGUGCAUGUGCAAUGCGGCUCUCGUUAAAAGACACUGGGACGCAAUGUCAGAGAUAGCUGGCUUCGACUUGACGCCGGAUGCUGGGACGACCCUGAAGAAGAUAAUAGCACUUGACAUUAUGCACCACGUGGAGAAGUUCCAAGGCAUAAGCAUCGGAGCUGACAAGGAACUAGCUCUAGAACGCCAGCUUGGUGCUAUGAUAAAAGAAUGGGAUACCAUCGAAUUUCCUGCAACGGUCCAUGAAAAGUCCGGAUUGACGAUUUUAACCGAGUCGUAUGACGUUGACAUCCUUCUGGAGGAGCAGCUCGUCAAGGUGCAGGAGAUGCGAGGCUCCUUCUUCGUCAGACCCAUCGAAACCGAGGUCCUGGAUUUUCUGGGCUCUCUGAUGAGAAUCCAGAAAACCAUGGACGAGUGGUCCAGGGUCCAGGAAACGUGGCUUCGAUUGUACCCUGUCUUCUGCGACGACUCCACAGCUGUUGGGUUAGCUAGGGAGAAGACCGCAUUUUUCCAAGUCAAAGACACCUUGCAAAGCUCUGCAGCAGAAUUGUCCGGUGCUCUCAUCUUUGAGGUGGUUGGAAAAUCCCCAAAGUACCUGGACAGCAUGUUAGAAGCUGGCUACAUUCUCGAAGUCGUCCAUGAAGGAGUGCGAGCUUACCUCGAGGAAGCUAGGCUCCGUUUCAGCAGAUUCUUCCUUCUCUCGGACGAAGAGAUGAUGAAAGUCCUGUUCGAGGUGGACGGCCCAAAAUUGGUGCAGCCUUAUUUGAAGAAGUGCUUUCGAAGCAUCGAAAAGCUUGGGCUGGACGAGAAAUCCCAGGUGCAAUCGAUCAUCGGCCCUCGUGAUGAAGAAUUGCAGCUGCAGAAGUGCAUCCCUACGACUGGAACAUCCAAAUGCAUAGAAAUUUGGCUGCCAGAGUUGGAACGGGAAAUGAAGAACUCUCUACGGAGGAAACUCGUGGAGUGCAAGGAACUCUUCAACAGGAAGCUCUUGAUCGACUACGUGACGUCAUUUCCGAGCAUGAUCGUCAUUUGCAUCCUGCGGAUGUACUGGACCUCCGCCAUCCAUUACUGCUUCCUCUCUUCUGAUCCUGCAACUUUGAAGUCGUACCGCGAAGAAGAGUCCAAACACCUCGCCGAUAUGAUACAAAGUCUUCAUCUUUCUCUCGACGGAAGAACAAGAAUCGUCAUUUCCAUCCUCAUAACUGUCGCGAUCGAUCAGAUCGAGACCAUCGACAUGCUAAUUGAUAAGAACGUAACGAAGGACCUCGACUUCUACUGGAAGUCGCAGCUGAGAUUUUAUUACCAGGACGAGGUCAACGUUUCAAUGAUUAAGACGACGAUUACCUAUGGCUAUGAAUUCACCUGCAUCGAGGACUGCUUCGUUCGAACUUCAUUGACCGAUAGAGGUAUCUGCACCCUGAUGGAAGCUUAUCGUCAGUGUCAUUACACGGCCAUGACUGGGUCUUCAAGUACCGGAAAAGCAGAGAGCAUCAAGGCCCUUGGAAACGCCAUCGCCCUAAACUUCCUUCUCUUCAACUGCACCGAAAACCUCGACCUUCGAUCCUUAGAGCGAAUACUGAAAGGCCUCGUUUCCUGCGGUGCCUGGAUUUACCUGAAAAAUUUCGACCUGAUUAACGUAGACGUACUGUCCAUUAUCAGUGAACAGUUGGUUCGCAUCAGGCAAGCGAUAUGUUCCAAAUCGAGCUCCAUGAACUUCGGGGGAAUCGAGUUGAACAUCAACCCCAGAGCUUACAUCUGUGUUGGAAUUAGUCCUGGACAUCCUGGCCGAUCGGUCUUAUCAGACAACUUGAAGAUUCUCUUCAGGACGGUCUCUAUAUCCGUUCCCGACCUGAAGAAGAUCUGCGAAGUGCAUCUCGUAGCAGCAGGCUUCUCUGAUGCCAAACCACUGGCAGGAAAAAUGUCAAAGAUUCAGGAAUUGUCUUCCAAAUACUUAUCAGAAACUUACCGUCAUCACUUUGGAGUUAGAUCGUUGAAGACUGUCAUCAAGAAUGCGAUUCGUCUGAAGAUUUCUUCUGAUGUCAAAAAUGAAAACGAGAUAAUUCUACGAUCUCUAAUGGGUGUAAAUUUACCGAUGUUAACGAAGGAAGAUGCACUUCUUUUCCAAGGAUUCCUUCGAGAUACUUUCCCGAAUGUCGUGAUGACUUCUCCGAGAAAUUCUGAAUUUCUCCACGCCUUCGCCGAAUCCUGUAAAAAGAGGGAGGUAAUCUGUCACGAAAAUUUGACUCCAAAAGCUCUGGAAAUUCUGGAAACAAUGAGGACUCGUCAUUCACUGUUAAUCGUCGGUGAGCCAUUUGGGGGGAAAACGACAAUUCUGCAGACUCUUGCAGACACGUUGUGUUAUUUGUAUCAGCAAGGAAAUACCGAAAUAGGGAGUCUCGUGAAAUACGAGACGAUAAAUCCAAAGGCCCUGAGUUUUGAGAGAUUAUUUGGCUUUAUCAACCCGAAAUCGAAAGAAUGGAACGAAGGGAUUCUUCCCAAUACUUUUCGCAUCUUCGCAGAGGCUGAAGAGCUUCAUAAGAAGUGGAUGAUCCUCGACGGUCCCGUGGAUAACAUUUGGAUGGACGCUUUAAUCGACACUUCACCUGGCACUGUAUCAAGAUGUGGUGUGAUACACAUCGACUCAAAGAUCGUGGGCUGGAAGCCAUUCGUGAAAUCCUGGAUAGCUUCAAACAGGACCAGCGAAUCACACGAGAAGAUUCUGAAGACGCUCUUCAACUGGUCCCUGGAGCCCAGUUUGAGUUUUAUUUCGAAAAAUUGCACGACCAGAACCCCUCUGGGAGAGAUUCAGCUGGUGAAGUCGAUGUUGGACCUCUUCGGGAUAUACAUACAGGACGGACUCGAAGAGAACUCUGAAGACACCGAGAAGAGUUCCCACCUUGUGACCUGGUGCCAGGCUGCCACGAUUUUGUCCACAGUUUGGGGUCUCGCAGGCCAUUUGGACGGAAAAUCUCAGAGCGAUUUCGAUUGCUUCUACGUGUCCCUUUGGACCGGAAAGAACCCACUUCAUCCACUUCCAGAGAUGGUGAAGCUCUUCGAAAUGGCCCUUCCCACGGAAGGAUCGUUGCAGGAUAACGUCUACUUGUUCAAGGGAAGCGGAUGUUGGAGGUACUGGGGGGAGUACCUGAAGAUCGAGCAAAUAGCAGAGGCCUCAGAGAUGAAGAAGACCGUGAUCCCCACGGUCGACACCUUGAAGUGCUCCGACGUGUUCCUUCGUCACGUGAAGCACAGGAAACCCUUUCUGCUCUGCGGCGACUCCGCAGUGGGGAAGACUUCCUGCCUCUACGAUUUACUCGCAAACAAAUUAUCUUCGGAAGAAUAUUUAACCAAUUUCCUAAACUUCACUCCAGAUACGACGGCGGAUGAAGCUCAGAAACUGAUCCUUUCAAGAAUGAGCAGACUCAGGAAAGGAUACUUUGGGGCUCCAAAAAUGAAGUUCUGCCUGAACGUCAUCGACGACUUAAACAGGGCGAAGAAAGACACCUAUGGAUCGCAAUCAGCGGUUGAAUUAAUUCGCCAGUUCAUGGAUCACGAGUACUGGUUCGACCUGAAGAAGCCCUCGAAGAUAUACAUGUCCGACGUGUUGUUCUUAUCAGCUCUCACUUUGGGAGGUCCCGAAGAUAAAAUUUCCCCAAGAUUUUUGCGACACUUCAGCGUGUAUUUCUUCAACUCCCCCUCCAAGGACAGCAUCUUCAGGAUCUUCUCGAAUCUCUUAAACGAAGGGCUGAUGAGAAACCUCUUCGCCCCCGACAUCAUCAGCAGCGUCAACAGCAUAGCUUCGGCGUCGAUGGAAGUUUAUUUAUCUGCAGUUGAAAAAUUGUUGCCGGUCCCUGGAAAAUUAGAGUAUCGGUUCAAUCUCAGAGAUAUGUCGAAGAUCAUGGAGGGAUGCUGCUUGAUUCAAAAAGAGUCCGUGGAUACCAAAAUUGCGUUUCUUCGUCUGUGGGUGCACGAGGCGUUGCGAGUCUUCAGCGACCGAAUUGCCGAAGAGGAGGAUAAGGAAUGGGUGUUCCAGAAGAUAAAGGAGUCUGCCAUUUCGAACUUCAAGGACCCCUUCGAGUCCGCCUUCGACCAUCUUCCCAAGUUUUCAAACAGCCUUACCAAGGAAAGCUUCCAAAGCUUGGUCUUCUGCAACCUGGCGGACGUGAAUAAAAAUUUGAAGUACCGAAGAUACGAAGAACUGAGCAAGUUCGAGAUCUUGAAGAACAGGUGCUUAGCCUACCUGAACGAGUACAAUGAAACCUCGAAAGUGAAACUGAACAUCCUUCCUGUUCGAUACGCUUUGGAGCACCUGGUGAGAAUCUGCAGAGUCCUGGUGAUUCGUGGAGGAAGUUUGCUGAUGAUCAGCGUUGGAGGAUGUGGAGGAAAGACCCUGACGAAGCUAGCCGCUCAUAUAGAAAGACAGUACUUCUUCGAGGUGGCCGUUACUCCAUUGUACGACUCGAACUCGUGGAAGCAGGACCUGAAGAUGAUUCUGAGGAAGUGCGGAGCAGAGGAGAAGGACGUGACGUUCCUCUUGACGGAGAAACAGAUCAGAAGAGAAUUUCUUCAGGAUAUAGACAGUCUUUUGACGACAGGAGAAGUGUUGGACCUCUUCACCCUGGAAGAGAAGCAGAAGAUAGUGGAGAUGACCAGAAUGAACGCCCAGAAGGGUGACCAGAAUCUGGACAUGAGCUUUCAGGAGGUGAUGGACUACUUCAUAGCUCGCUGCAGAGAGAAGCUUCACUUCGUGCUCUGCUUCAGCCCGAUAAACGACACCUUGAGGAAGCACCUGCUCUCCUAUCCCAGUCUAGUCGAUUAUUGCUUCAUAAACCAGCUGCAACCUUGGCCGGAAGAGGCUCUAGAAGACGCAGCUUCAACCUGGAUGAAGGAAAUGAACCUCUCGGAAGACCUCAAGUCCGCUUCGGUGAUAUCCUUGAAGUACUUCUUCACCCGAGCUAAAGAGAUCAGCGAGAAACAUUACACCUCCUCCAAGCACCUGUACCCACCUUCUUCGGCUUUCUUCCACAUGUUGCGACUCUUCGGCAACUUACUGUCCAACAGACGCGAGGAGAUCACCGCGAAAAGGAAUCGCUUCUUGAAUGGUCUGGAAAAGCUGGAACUGGCAGAGCGACAAGUGGCCGACAUGCAGACCAUGUUGAUGAAGUUGAAGCCUCAGCUAGAAUUAUCGGCAGAACAGACGGCGACCACGAUGAAGGAGAUCGAGAGGGAGAACCUGACGAUAGAAAAAGCAACGGUCGUGGUCAAGCAGGAAGAGGAAAUAGCCAACAAAAAGGCGGAAGUUGCAGGUAUCCUGAAGGCCGAAUGCGAGGCCGAGCUUGCCGUGGCCAUUCCCAUCUUGGAAGAUGCCGUGGCCGCCCUGAACACCCUCAAACCCACCGACAUAACCCUGGUGAAGGCCAUGAAGAACCCUCCAGAUACCAUAAAGCUCGUCCUGGCUGCAGUCUGCGUCAUCCUCGGCGUUUCUCCCGACAAGUCCAUAGAUCCUGAGAGCGGCAAAAAGAUCGUCGACUUCUGGGGGCCCACCAAACGCGUCCUCGGCGACAUGAACUUCCUGCAGGUCCUGAAAGACUUCGACAAGGACAACAUACCGUCUCAUCAGAUGAACGUCAUCAAGAGGACUUACAUCACGGAUAAAAACUUCGUACCCCACGUGGUGGCUAAGGCUUCGAGUGCUGCCGAAGGACUCUGUAAAUGGGUCCUGGCGAUGGUCUCCUAUGACGAAGUGGCCAAAGUCGUGGCCCCGAAGAAGGAGAAGCUGAUGGCCGCCCAGAAGGAGUGCGACGAGGCCGGGGACUUUCUCAAUGAAAAAAGGAAAACUUUAGCCGCCUUGAACGCGAAACUGGAGAACCUUAACAGUAGUCUUAGAGAGACUUUGAACAGGAAACUCACCCUGGAAAAAGAAGUCGCCGAGUGUACCAGGAAGAUGGUCAAGGCUGAGAGCCUGAUCGUGAGCCUUGGAGGUGAGAAAACCAGGUGGACGAGGUCGGCGAAGAUGCUGAAGACCUCUUUCGAUAACAUCCUGGGGGACGUUCUGCUAUCCUGCGGGAUAAUUGGCUGCCUGGCGUCUUUCGGAAAGGAUCUUAGGCAGGAUUGUGAACAGGAAUGGAGGUCCUUCAUCCUAGACUCGAAGAUACCUCACACGUUCGACUUCGACAUUGUUGAACUUUUCGGCUCGGAGGUCAAGCUGAAUUCCUGGCACCUAAAUGGCCUCUCGAGAAAUCGAUUCAUUUUGGAAAACGCAGUUAUCAUGGAGAAGUCCUUGAUGUGGCCUCUUCUAAUAGACCCCCAAAAUCAUGCCAGUGAUUGGAUUAAGGAGACGGAGAAAUAUAACGAUCUCGUUCUUGCCAAAACUUCGGACAGGAAUUUUGUAAAUGCACUUCGGAGGUCCAUGGAAAAAGGGAGGCCGGUAUUGUUGGAAAAUGUCCAGGAGGGAUUGGAGAGCAUUUUGAAGCCGAUACUCGCGAAGGAUGUCUUCCAAAUUGGGGAGAACUAUUUUCUGAAAAUCGGGGAAAACGAGUUUCACUACUCGAAUAAUUUUCGCCUCUACCUCGUUUCGAAAAUCAGGUGUCCUUGCUAUUCACCCGACGUGUACAGUAAAGUUACAGUGAUUGAUUUCUCCUUGCCCGUCGAAGCUCUUCGGGAUAGACUUUUAGACAUCGUCGCCUCGAGAGAGAAACCUGAACUUCAGGAGAAAUUUGAAAAAGUGCGAAUUGAGGACGCUGAUAAUAGGAAAUCACUGGGGCAGGCUGAAAAUAACGUUUUGAUUACGCUGUCCACGUCGGAUAUAAACGUCCUUGAAGAUGAGAAUGCUAUUCGAAUUUUGGAGGCUUUCAAAAAUAUGACGAUUCGCGUGGACGCCAUGAAAGAAGCCGCGAAAAUAGUGGAAAAGCAGGUCGAGGAAUGCCGGAAAAUCUAUGAAGAAUUUUGCGAAUAUUGCGCGAUUAUGUUCGGCACGAUUUCCAAUCUCUCGAGGGUGGACUUCAUGUACCAGUUUUCGCUUUCCUGGCUGAUAAGGGUUUACGUUACUUCCAUCGAGAUAUCGAAAAAGAGCCCCUUGAUCGAGAAACGCCUGAUGAACCUCAGAGCUUCCUUUACCAAAAGUCUUCGUAGCGCGAUCCAAAGGACGCUUUUCGAAGAGCAUAAGCUUCUUUACUCGUUUCUCCUUCAUUCUACGAUCCUCCUCCAUGAGAAGAAGAUCUCGAAAGAAGAAUUGGAUUUUUUAGCGAGCGAUGAGAAAUUUCCCACGGAAACGCCGAAUCCUUUCUCGGAAUGGCUGCCUGAAAAAUCCUGGAGUCAAAUUUCCCGAGCGAGUUCGACUUUGCCGAUUUUUCGGGAACUCGGAAAUCACAUUUGCGCUGAAAAUCGACCCUGGAAGGAGUUUUACGAUGCAAAGGACCCUCAAAACCUUCCAUUGCCGGGAAUUUGGGAGGAGAAACUGACCUCGUUCCAGAAAUUACUGAUCUUGAAAAUGAUACGCCCUGAUAGAGUCGUUUCGAAAGUCGAAAAAUUCUUGGAGGCUGAAUUGGGGGAAGAUUAUAUUUCCCUACCAAAUUUUGACUUAUCUUCUUCCUACUCGGAAUCUACUUGUUUAACUCCUCUGAUAUUCCUUCUUCCCUCUUAUUCGGAUCCUGUGGAGAUGGUUCGGGAUUUAUCAAAAAAGGUCGGUCAUUCCUCGAGAUUCGUGGUUCUCUCUAUGGGGAAAGGUCUGGAAGAUAAAGCGAUGGAUCUUAUCAGGAAGGGCGAAAAAUCCGGAUGGUGGAUAUUCCUUCAAAAUUGUCAUCUCGUUCUGCCUUCGCUGGCAGAAAUCGGAAAAAUUUGCGAAAAUUUCAGACCUAAUUCCACCUCGUUAGAAUUCCGACUGUGGCUGUCUAGUUAUUCCGACAAGAGAUUUCCUCUAGGCAUUCUGCAAAAUGGCGUGAAAAUUGCUUGCGGUCCACCUAGGAGUCUGAAAGGAAACCUCUUCAGGAUUUACAACAGUAAACCGAUGAACGAGCUCGAAUUUUUCGAAGGCUGUCCUGGGAAAGACAAAGUUUUCUCAAAACUUCUCUACGGCCUCUGCUUUUUCCACUCUCUCGUUAGGGAGAGGACAAACUUCGGAAUUUCUGGAUUCAAUUAUCCCUACGAAUUCGACCAAUCGGACAUGAGAAUUUCGGCCCUGCAAUUGCAGAUAUUUCUCAAGGAAGAGUUUUACAUCCCCUUCAAUUCGAUUUCAUAUCUCGUAGGUCAGUGCAAUCACGGUGGAAAAAUGACGAAUAAAAUCGACCUUAAGUGUCUCAAUGAGCUAUUACUGGAUUGUUACAACGAAAGUGUGGUGAAUGAUAUUGAUUAUCAUUUUCUGACUGACAAGGCCGAGUGUAAAGUACCGAACAGGUGCGAGUACAAAGAUUACGUAUCUCAUAUUCAAACUAUACCCAGACACCUCCAAAACUAA